CCUGCUUCUUCGUUUCGACAAGAUAUUUGUUUUCAUUUAUUUUUUUUUCGAGCGAGAGAGAGGAAGAAAAUAUAUCAAAUAUAACAGAUGACUGACAUUAAAAAUUCAAGUGACAAAGAAAAUUUUCAAUUCAGUUUUUAUUUUCAUCUCACAUAACCCUAAUGCUUCAUUUUAUCAUUCUUCCGAAGGUCGGGUACCAUUAAAAAAAAGGAAGGAAAAAAAAGAAUAAAUAAUCGAUUAUCUACCUAGCCACAAUGAACACCUGGCGAAACCGACAGAACUUUUGUUAUUUAUUUCAAAAUUCGUAGCAGCUUAAGAGUCUGCUUUUCUUUUUUAAAUAAAACCUGAUUGAAUUACAAAGGAGGAAAGCAUGAGAUGCGUAAAUUGACAAAAAGAACCACCUCUCUCAAGAAGAAAGUGAAAUUACCACAUGAUGAGUUGCAAGGAAUUGCAACUGACGAGAGGGAAAACACAAGUGUGCUGAAAAAUUUGUCGCGAAAACCUCCAUUAUAUUCAAUUCGCAAUGAAUCGGAGAGUUGGGCUGAACAGAGUGGAGCAACGACACUCUCAUGGCCAGAAGAUAUGGAAGAAGUGGCCACUAAACGUGUUACACAACAAUGGGAUGCUGUGGAGAGAACACUUUACGAUGAGAAUGAACAACUUCCACUUGGUCCAUCAUUCGACGAAUGUCUUCAGUGGCAAAAUCAAUUGCCCCACUUGAGAAUUGUUGGUAAAAAUCAUCAGAAAGAAACAGCAGAAGACGAAUCUGCAGCAAGUAAUAACGAAUCAUCUCUCAAGAGGAAGCAACAGUCUUUUGAUUCUGAACUCAACGAGGAGGAAAUUGCUUCUAAUAAUAAUUUUCUCCUGGAGGAAUCAGAAGAUUCAGGAACAGGAAGUAAUAAACGAGCUCGAGAAGAAAUUGUCGAUGAAUUAAUGGAAUAUGUGAAUUCAGCUCUAAUUAUUCGAGAGGACAUUGAAGAGGAGAAUAUGUUGAGUCACGAUUUAGAGGAACUCCUGACAAUAACUCCAGCACCGACAAAUAAUUUUCGUAGUACACUCAGUUCACACAGACAAAUUCAUCAUCGUGAUGAAAAUUUUCAAAAAUCUGACUCUGAUAGAGCUUCGGGUAAACAAAAAACCGAAACUGAAUCAAAGGAUUCGGAAAAAUCAUUUUGGAAUCGUCGAACUGCCAUAUCGGCAAGAUAUCCAACAGAGGAAACCGGUGACGAACCUCCAAAUACACCUCAAGUAUCAAGAAACAAAGCGGGUACAAUAUUUAAUGAAAAAAUUGUCGUCAGUCCAGUUCCAUUUGUUCGUACAACGCGAGAAAGUUUUUGUACUUUAGAAACAGCUCCAAUUCAAAUUUUAGGACAAUCAACGAGUACAACAUGGAAUCGAGGAAUAAACCGAAAUGUUAAUUCAGGACGAAGACAAACUUCGGGGAGAAAAACGAGUCUGAUGCGAGGACCUCAAAUUCAUUCGGCUUGGCAGCCACCAGUUUGUCCUACAAUAUGGCCAAAAAAUGUGAGACUUGCACCAAUUGAUUCUAGUCGACUGCCCAAUAGUAAACAAAGAACAAUAUCAACUGCAACACCUCAACGUGGACGUGGUUCAUUGAGUCCAAUUCCCCAAACAACGCUGCCAAUUUCUUUGCAAAAAUCAAAUACAAAUCCAAAGGAACUUUUAGAAAUACAUGGUACACACAUUCUUGGACAAUCGCAAAAAUAUGACGACGAGCUCAAAACAACAAAUUUUAAUCAAACUCCAAAGCAAAAAAGUAGCGGAAGAAAAAAAGCUCGACAUAAAAUUGACAACGUAUGAUUUUUAUAUCAGGGAAAUUUUUUUCUAUUUCUCAAAAGUUCACAUUUUUUGUUGUCACUUUGUUAAAUUCACAAAAUAUCAUUAAACUCUCUUAAAAUUUAAUUAGUGAAAAUUUUACCAAUAAAACUUUAGUAAAACAAAAAAAAGGAAAUAAAAAUUACUAAACAAAAAAUUCUAAUAU